CAUCAGUCAUCGUCAUGUUCGCAUGGCAGCUAGCAAAGCUAGCAGGCUCAGGUUAAGCUAGGUGGAAGGAAGAAUAUCGUGAUGUUAAAACUGAAACAUAUUAGAAGGGAUUGAAUUUGUAUUUAUUUAACCGGAAGUACUAAACACAGUCUUUGCAGCGUUACAUGAAAGUGUCAGAUAAUAGAUUAUGUGUAUUGAAGCUGGGAUCAAACGGAUUUAGACAAAGUAAGUGAUGCUGAAUAUGUGCAGCCUCAUCCUCAGAGGUGGAGUCCCUGUCCCUGAAAAUGGACAAAAAGUCAGUACUUUCAGCUGUAAUUGUGGUUCAAUUAAACUACGGCAUCGAUCAUUCAGGAAUUAUUGCCACAGUAGUGGUGAACCAGAUCGCAUCGCCAGGUGUCCUGCGUUUCCUCGUGACUAAUGGAACAGCUCUAAGGACUUGACUCUGAGCAGCACAUUAGCAUUUGGUACCUGAGCUCCAACAAGGUGAUGAUGCAAGUGAUGGAGACAAACCAAACCCACCAGAGAGAGAAAGCUGACACGCUGGGAUCAAUACAAAUGGAUCUGAGACCGACUGAAGGACGACCACAGACACUGAGGAGGAUGAGUGUAGUCCACAGUCCACAUCUGGCCUCCUUGAUGUAAACACAGACGCUUCACAACAACGCAUUGAUAAGGCUCCAGAACAGAAAGGCAGAUUAGACUCAGUUAGAAAACACCCAGCGAAGCCACAGCAGUUUUGAUAAGAGACUAGAACAAUAUGUGACGAUGCAGGCAUCUGUGUGUCAGGGUGAACUGUGAAGUGUCUGUCACCUGCAAAGAAGCAUGAUCAAGGUUACUGCCUCUCUGUAUGCUCAUUUGUUGUUUAUUCCACUACUGGUUACUGACUAGUUCACUGGUUACUUUUGGUAGAUGCUGAUUCUUAAUACAUCAUGUAAUCUACUAUACAUUGUAAUGAUAUAGUUUAUUUUUAAUGUUUACUGGUAACUUUACCAAACAGAUCUAGAGUAAAUACACAUUUAUCAAAUGGAGCAUGUAACGGAUUAACCUGAAAAACCGAUGAUGGAGUUUAACAAACAAGAGGCCUGUACCACCUGAUCAGCCACUGACUUUCCACGUAUAGAAUAAACCAUGAAGAAGAAAAGCAGACGUGCAAAGUCCUCAGAGGCCUCACAACAGCCCAGAAAGCAGACGACACCAAGCUUCGGGGAGGAGAUGAAGACGUCUCGGAAGACCGUCCAUGUAACCACGGACGACUUUUACCACGAUAAGGCUGCAGCAGACAAGACCGUUGACUUGGACUUCAGUGUGACGGUUGCUGACAAUCAGAAACAAUCAAAAUCAUCAGGCAGACUUUCUACUGCAGUCUGCCGGCUUUGCCAUGGGAAGUUCUCUCCACGCAGCCUGCGCCAUGCUUUCAACAAGUGGUCUCAGGAUUCCAUCAGCAUUGUUCGUGACGAUCCAGAUGUCGCAGCCCAGUCACCACUUUUAUUUCACACAGAUUUCCAACGUCUUGUUGGGGUCCAGUUGAACCGGGACCCCCGGUUAUCAGAGUUCAUCUGCAAGAAAUGCCACGCUAAGUUCUACAAGUGCCACAGCAUCCUCAUCAGGUUUCUGCAGCGGGUCAACCUUCCUCCAGUUGGGAAGGAGAACCUUAAAAUACGAAGUAAUGCAAAAAGUCCAGAGUCAUCCAGAACCCACAGUUCAACAUUAUCCUGUUUCCUUUCAGCACCUCCAACCUUUACCUCAGAUCCUAAGUGCCUCCACAACCUGGUUUCCUGGGCUCACCACCACGGAGAGGCCUGUCGCUUCUGCCCCGAUCUGAAGGAGGUUCUGGAGGGCCAGUGCUGGGGCUCCGUUAAAGCUGUGUGGGGUUGUGUUGAUGGUCACAAGUACAUCAUGGACACUCAAUGCCCUGCUGCUAUCAACGCAGUGAACUUUAGCAGUGGAUCACUGGGAAGUGGCAACGGUGUCAAAGGACUGGUGUCAGAACCGGAGGAACAGGAAGCGGAGGAAGAGGAAGAGCAGCCUAGCGCGACUGAAAGGACACCAGCUCUGGCUCGCCACAGUCCAUCAGCACAGACUCCGAGUUCAGCUCUGACUGACUGGACCAGCAACGCUGAAGAUUGUACAGCACACGGGGAGCCAGUGUCUCCAGCUCCAGCACAGCUUGAAGACAGGACAGCGGACAGUGAUUUGUCUGACAGGGUCGUGUCAGAGAUUGAGUUUGAGGACAGUCAAAGAGGAGAGUCAUCAGAUGAUGAGCUCUUUGAACCGUACUCAGACAAGAGAACUGGAAGAGUGAGUGUUUCCAGCAAGAGAAGGCAAAGCCCGAAGGCUCCAGACGAACCUAAAAUCAAAAAGAAACCUGGACCCAAACCUGGCUGGAAGAACAAGUUUAAACCUAAAGGAGAGGAGCUGCCCAACAUCUACAAAUGUCCAUAUCAGGGUUGUACAGCUGUCUACAGAGCUCCUGAUGGGCUAAAGAAGCACAUCAAAGAGCACCAUGAGGAGGUGAGAGAGCGACCCUGCCCUCAUCCUGGCUGCAACAAGGUUUUCAUGAUAGACCGCUACCUGCAGCGACACGUCAAGCUCAUCCACACAGAGGAGAGGAACUACAUUUGUGACCAGUGUGGUCAGACCUUCAAGCAGCGGAAGCACCUGUCAGUUCACCAGAUGAGGCAUUCAGGAGCCAAGCCACUACAGUGUGAGGUUUGUGGCUUCCAGUGCCGACAGAGGGCCUCACUAAAGUACCACAUGACCAAACACAAGGCCGAGGCCGACCUGGAGUUCGCGUGUGUGAUAUGUGGGAAGCGCUUCGAGAAGGCCCACAACCUGAACGUCCACAUGUCCAUGGUACACCCACUGACUCAGGUAGAGGCCCACAGAGGCAGCGGCCAGCAGCAGCAGCAGCCGUACCCCGACCUGCACACCAUCACCCUGACUGGAGAGGUGGUUCAGCAGGACCAGGACAGAUGACUGCACAGGGUUCAGGCCCAAAGGUUAACUUGAUAGCCUGAACUUGACGGGAUCAGACCUGCUGUGGCUCACAGGAAGACUUUCGUCAUUUUACUAGAUUUGUUUUGGACUCUUCUUUUUUUUUUUUGGUCCAGCCAAGAAGAAACAUUUGAGUUCUACUCAAAGGCUUGACUGACAAACAUACCCUGAGUUAACACAGGCUUAGAAAAUGAUAUUCAGGUUUGGAAUUGUAUUCAAAAGUGUCUCUAAAACCUCACUUUGUUUGCUUUAGUGACACCUGGUUGCCAUGGUAAGAAUAUAAUAGUAUAUGGUUUACAGAGCAGCCAAACACUUAUUUUAAUCAGAUUGUCCAUAUAAUUUCAACCAUGACUUCUUUUCAUGCUGUGAGUAGUUGCCUGCACAUCAGGGUUCAAAAUCAAAAAAGUUUGACUCUGAGUAGUUUCCCUGUGCAUGUCCAUCUGCUCAACACAAACAUAAGUUGUUGUAAUUAAUGGGGUGUUAGUUAUGAGUAUGUUUCCUGUGACUUCUUCAUAAUAAAAGACACCAUGAGUUGCAUGCUUUUAUUGUGACGCAUCGGGAGCAGGAAAUACCACUCAGAUGUUUGCAGUAAACUCAGUUCCUCAUUACUAUAUCUUAACAGUCGUACAUUCAUUCAUUUGUAGUCUGUUUGUCUUUCUCUUCAGGAUGUCAGCCACUAAUAACAAAAAAAAAACUGGAUAGUUACAGUACAAAUGUACUGAUUGGCUGUUAACCAGUCAUAACCACAAGGAAAACCUUUAGCUGCCUGUUACAGGUCUGAUUGUUAGAAAUAAUGCAGAAGCCAAUGCAGCAACGAUGAUGGUUUAAUGUAUAUAAUGCAAUACUCCUACACCCCUCUAGUACUGUUACCAGAAUACAUGUACAGGACAGGUAUUUCAUGUUUUCAAGGACUAGGUUCAGUUGGAUCAGGCCACUGUUACUACUGUGUACUGUAAACAGAGAAAGGGCUUCAGCUGCACUGGUGUAAAAUAACGUCCUGUGUGUAUUAUGUACAAAAAGAUGUGUAAAUAAAAAUGUAUUUGUUUUAACCAA